GACAUUCAAAACAGACAAACCGGGGAGGAUGUUUCAUCAAGUACUGUGAUCGAAGACCUGCUAAAGUCGAGUCUGUUGACUGUAUUGCUUGCUUUGGCUGAUGGAGGAACUGUCAUCACUAUGUCUCGCAGGCUGACCAAAGAGGAGCUGGACGCACAGUUUGAGCAGUUCUUAAAGGAGUCUGUUUCAGAUGAAUCUGUGGACUUAGGUGGCCCUGCUAAGCAGCCCCAUGUCAGAAGCAGACAGAAACCGAAACAGAAGCCAGCGGCGUCCUGGUGGCAGGACGAUGACCACAGCAGUGAUGGAACAGGGGGAGAAUCACCCAAACAAAGAUUUAUCAAAGCCAAAAAGUUCCAACCUGAGAUCAACAAGGUUAUCAGCACGGAACCCAUCCAAAAGCCUGUCCCCACACCCCGCUCCAAGGCUCUGGGUAAACCCCUCCAGACUGGCACGAGCCCCAAAGCGCCGGCUCUGGGCUUUUCUCAGCCUGUGACUAGCCACAGCGCUUCAGGCUCAGGAGGUCUGAGCAGUCCCACUCAGGAAAACCCCCACAGUCUGUCAGGAGAGAGGAGUUCUGAUGGAGCUAAUGAUACUCCACCAGCUAGCUCUGAUGGGGACAGUGAUAAUGGAUCCAGAACAUCCUUCAGGAAGCCUUUGAAGACGUCUCAGCCGAUUCGAGAAGAAAACGAGGAUCCAGGAGACAGUCGUUUAAGGGAUGACAGUCUGGAAGCUGCCUUGCUCAGUAGAAGUGGUUCAGAGACCGAUGGAUUGGCUUUGGCACCGACUGCAAACAUGUCCCGCGAGGGCUUUGACACUCUGGACGAGGAAGACGAAAAGGCCCGGUUCUUUGCUCAGCUGGAGGGGGGAGCUUCAUCAACUAUAGACUACGCCAAGCUGAACAGAGAGUUGGACUCCACCAGUUCUACGAUUAUUACUGAGCUCAGGAAAGCUGAGGAAUUAGCGGUGGAGCAGAAGGAUGAUGAUCAAAGUAAAGCCAGAGACACAGAAACUGUGAACCAGUCUCCAGCCUGUACAGAUUCCCCACAUUACAGUGAAGAUUUUGAAGACGAGGACAACAUGAAAGAGAAGCCAAAAAUGUCUCCAAUUCUGGCAAAAGUGUCUCUCUAUGAUUCCUUGGAUGACACUGGUGAGGAGGACAGACGGAAGGAGUCACUGGACAGAGGCCAGUCUCAUGCACAGAGUGGGGGCUCAGAGAUGGAGGCCCUUCAAGAGGCUUACAGGCAGAUUCAAACGGUUCAAAAUUCCGAUGAUCCCGCUGUAUCUCUGGAAAGUGGAGUGAGAGUCAGUAGAGCUACCUCUCCAUCCUCCCACCCUCAGCCUGCUCAGCUCUCUCUUCAGCCCGCCUCCACCACCGAGUCAGACCUACCGACUGCAGAAGAACUGAUGAGGCCCAUCCGGCCGGAAAAUGAGCAACUGAGAGGUUUCACCCUCCAGCCUGUCAGGGCCGCGGAAUUAAAUCAAGGAAAAGUGUCCCGGCCCCUGGAAAGGACUUUUCCAAUACCGACUCACACAGAGUCAGAGUGGAAGGCCAGCACGGCAGAGGGACUGACUCACCCCCCCCCCUGCUCUGAGGAGGGCCUUAAUCCUGACCUGAAAUGGAGCAUAAGACAGGAGGUGGAAAGACUGAUGCAGGAUGAGAACAACUAUUCCACUCAAACAUCCUCUCAUGCUAGCAAAGCUAAGACACAACCGGGCUCGCGCAGUUCCUCCGCUUUGCAUCCAUCCGAAAGGAGGCCUGCUGUAGCCCCUCGGAGAGGCAGGACCGCAGACGAGAGACCAGCACUGAGGUCCAGGCCGUCCGGGCCCAGAGGAACUCCAACCGUGUCCCGACACGAUCCACAAAGGAACAAACCCAAAAACAUCUCCGAAAUGGACGGCCGCUUAUCCACAGAGUCGGGAGGGAAGGCGAGCAGUGAGCUGGUGGCGUCCGUUCAGUCCUUAGUGGCCGUCCUUCAACAGCAGAUGGACAGCAGCAGUCACCGGGAUGCCGCCCACAGGGGCACAAGAGGUCAAGACUCCGGACCAGCCCCGCACACUGCACUGGGCAGGGAUGAAGACGACAGUGCUGCAGUGGAGCUGCUGAAAGUGCAGCUGGCUCAGAAGGAAAAGGAGCUACAGAUUGCGAAGGGAGCAGCAGAGGAGCUUAAUCUACUCAAGCAGCAGAACUUCUUACUGCAGAGCAAGCUGCGAAGCGCAGAAGAAGCCAGUGAGAAAAAGAAAUGGCAAGAGGCUGCUGACGCCGUUACUGAUGACAAGCUCAAGCAAAUAGAUAAAGAAAUAAAGGAGCAGGAGACACUCAUAAAAGGUUACCAGCAGGAGAACGAGAAGUUGUACUUGCAGAUGAAGGCUCAGCAGGCCAAAAGCAAAGCCAAUGAGGAGGCCAUGUUUAAGGAAAACCAAAGGCUGCUGAACGAACUGGCUUCUACAAGGGAGCAGCUGAGUAAAACACCAAGGCCCGUGAGCAGUUCAUGCGUUAUGGAUCCCUCCCAACGCAUUUCAGAGCUGUUAGCUCAAAUCGAUGCUCUGCAGAGGAAUGAAGCCAAACUGUCCGAGGGCAACCUGAGGCUGAAGCAGGAAAAGCAGUCCCUGGAGGUGGACCUGCAGCUGAUGAAGAAGGAGAGAGACCUGGCCAAAGCUCAGGCCAUCUCCAUCUCAGGGGAUAAGAGCUUUGAGGUGCGCGUCCUGGAAGACAAACACAGAGAGGAAGUGGCGGCUCUGAAGAAGAAGCUGCAGUGGUUUGCUGAAAACCAGGAGCUGCUGGACAGAGAUGCUGGCAGACUGAAGAAGGCCACAGCUGAGAUACACCAGCUCAAAGAACAGGUAGAAAAUCUGAAACAGGAAGUGGGCAAAAGAAGCAGUGAGCAGAGAAAGACCAGAGACAAAUCGGUGGAGGCGAAGAGAAUACAGGACCUGGAGCGACAGGUAAAGGAGCUGGAGCAGAUUCUGAGGAGCAGGAACCCCAACUCGCUGCCGGCCCUGAUUUACGCAGCCGCUCACGAGCACGGAGACCAGGGCGGGGCGUCCGGCCCCAGCCCGGUCAACACCCUGCUGGAGCGCAGGAUUCUGCGUCUGGAGGCGGAGCUGGACAGCCACGACGCAGACGCCAAGCGCAGCCUCCGAGCCAUGGAGCAGCAGUUCCACCGAAUCAAGCUCCGCUAUGAGCAGAGGAUUUCUGAGCUUGAACAACAGCUGGAGCCAAAACAGCAGGCUGACCGGACAGCUGGGUCAGAGCAAUGGAUGGCAAAGGGUCAGACUCUGGAGGAAGAGCUGCUGCGUGUCAAAGAAAGCCACCAGAGGAAGGAGAAAUGUCUCCACGAGCAGAUCGAGUCUCUACAGCAGCAGCUCAAAAACAAGGCUCAGCCCAGUCCGGGGAGGCACCAGCGCCACGCCGAGGCCGCGUCCGCAGCCCGGAUGGAGCGGCUGACCCAGGAGCUGGCCACCAAGACGCGCAGCAUCCAGGAGCUGAGCCGCACCGUGGACCGGCUGCAGAGGGAGAGGCGGAGCCUGCUGUCCGCGCCCCUCCCGCGUCCAGAGGUCCAGAGACAGCCGGCCGACCCCCCCAGAACGCAGCGCCCCCUCUCAGAAGCACAGGCACCGGCGGGGGGGGAAGCUUUCCCCGAUGCUCAGCUGAAGGAGCAGUGGGCCCAGCAGCGGUCCUCGCGGGAGGCGGAGCACCGGGGGGCGCUGGAGCGUGUGCGGGCCGCCCACGCCCUGGAACACGCCUCCUCCAGGGCCGCAGAGCAGGCCAACCAGCUGCACAGCCAGCAGAUAGCCAUCAGACAUCUACAGGAGCAGCUGAAGGAACUGAAGGGAUGCAAAGAGGCCCUGCAAGUGUCCAGGAGCAGAGAGGACGCUCUGCAGACGCAGCUCACACGGCUGCUGCAGGAGCUGAAGGAGGCCAAAGACGCUCAGAGCUCCGAGGUCAAGCUGCUGUGCGGCCUGGAGAGGAAGAUCCUGAACAUGGAGCUCAGACACCAGAGCAGAGAGAAGGAGCUGCAGCAGGUCAUCGGGGGGACGCUGCAGCUGAGUGGAGCUGACCUGCAGGCGGAGGUAGAGCGCUGGAGGCGUCUGGCUCAGGACAAGAGCAGAGAGCUGGAGGCCUUCCGCUUGGAGCUGGACUCCAUCCUGGACAUCCUGAGACACCUCCAGAGACAGGGAGUGGUCCUGGCCUCGCCGGAGCAGAAGAUCCCAGCCGCCCUCCUCCAGAGGUGUUGACCCACACCCAGGAUGUUGAUGUCCCCUCUGUGUCGGAGGCAGGUCAGGAGCCUCAUCACCCUCCUCACACACACAUUCCCAAACAUCCACACAAUCAUCGGGUCUGAUUCACAGAUCAUCUCUUUCUUUUAGUAAGAUUAAAUGUAUACAUAUGCUAAUUUAAGAACUGCAGUCUGGUUUUUAUGUACUUGUUUGUAAGUUAUUGAGGAGAUGGUGAAAAUAAAACUGCACAAACCUUUU